UAUGUGACCAUCAUGAGCAGAGGCCGUUGCAUUGGGCUGAUAGCAGCCUCCUGGGUGGGAGGCUUUGCCCACUCCAUAGUACAGAUUUCUCUCUUGCUGACACUUCCAUUCUGUGGACCCAAUGUCCUUGACACUUUCUACUGUGAUGUCCCCCAGGUCAUCAAACUUGCCUGCACAGACAUCUUUGUACUUGAGCUGCUGAUGAUUUCCAAUAAUGGCCUGGUUGCUACUCUGUGGUUUGUGUUGUUGGUGGUGUCAUAUACAAUCAUUCUGAUGAUGCUUAGGUCUCAGUCAGGAGAGGGCAGGAAGAAAGCCAUCUCCACCUGCACCUCCCACAUCACUGUGGUCACCCUGCACUUUGUGCCCUGCAUCUAUGUCUAUGCCAGACCCUUCACUGCCCUCCCCACAGAUAAAGCCAUCUCUGUCACCUUCACAGUCAUCUCCCCUCUGCUAAAUCCCUUGAUCUAUACUCUGAGGAACCAAGAGAUGAAGUCAGCCAUGAGGAGACUCAGGAAAAGACUUGGACCUUCUGAUAGAGAAGAGCAAUAG